AUCUGCCUCCAUUUCAGUGGGGGCAGUGCAGCCGGGGGCUGAAAAGCAGCGUGAUUGGACAAAUCUCUGAAGCUGCAGAUGUGCCUGUUUAGCAUCGGCUGAUAUUGCAGUGCAGAUGCUUUUCUGUUCGCUUGUUCUGUGGAUAUGGGGGUGUGUUCCUGAGUGUCAAACAUCUAAAUGUUAAUAAAUUCCAAGCUGGUGGGAUUCACUUAUGCAGGCAUUUUCACUGCUUUUCCAUCAUAACCGGCUUUUUCCUCCCGCUCUGAGCUUAUACAUGUGAUUGGUUCAGUUGAUGCACUGACUUAUAUGAGGAUUCUGUGCUAGGUACUGCAGUGCAGCAGUGAUCUUCUUACUCAGUUCCUGGAAGCAUGCUGCUGGUGGUGUGUAUUACACCAGGGCGUUUUAUGAUAUUGAAGAGGUUGUUUCGCCUCUGCAUGGCUGAUGUGUCUGUUUUGCUGUUUUUGCACUCUUUACUUAACUGGUAUGAUUAUCUAAUUUAUAAGACUAGUGAGAAAAAUGCAACAUUAAUAAAACAAAUCCAGCCUAGUCGGGUGUUGUUCUUGUCUGCCACGUGCCAAAAGCUUGCACACCUUAGGCGUAUGUCCUGCAAUGUGAUUCUAUGAAGGUGUUGGAGAAGAUAUUUAUGCACAUGAGAUCAGUUUUGAAACCAGGAAAUGAAGCCUGUGGCAUGGUGUGCAGGCAUGGCCAAGACAUAUUUACUCCUGGAAUGAUAAAAUGACAUAGUUACAGAAGUAAUCUCAUUUGUUUUUACUUAACCCCUUAGGUGUAAGAUCACAAGUAUGAGUUUAGAAUGUCACCUGAAUAUCUGAAUAUAACUGAAUGUCCUAAUGCUGAUGUAACAAUCACUACUGGAAAUCGAAAGAAUUGGGCAUUUUUUUAAAAGCAUCCAAAAAAGCCGAUUCUUCAAAGGACAAUUUUAUUCCUUAUUGACUAUGUUGUAGUGAUUUUAGUAGUAAAAAUCCAGUGCUAAGUAACUGGCAUAUUUGAUUCCAUUGUAUUUUCAACACCAAACCGCCCUUCUAUGUUACAGACUAGUCUUUGAUUUACAGUAUCAAUAAUAUAUGACUGACAACUGACAGCCCCAAUACGUGGCUGAAUGAGACUCAGUUAUCCAGAUCACUUCCUGGCCAUGCGCACAGACGUGUGUUAAGUCUGUCGUAACUCAGGCCAAAGAGAAUUCUGUCGCCAUCGCUGCAACAAUCAGCCCACAUGCAAUAUCCCGGUCUGCGUGUCUGGAAACUCUCCAAACCUAUCAGCGUGAGGGGGAGAUAGUGGAACCUGCAGUGCGGAGGCGCCUGUCGUCACUCCCCCCACGCGUACGGACUGUCGCCAUCGGUUUGACGACGAACGCGCGUAAUCAGUGACAGCGCAUGCGGUGGAGAUGAAUCUCGUUGCCAGCAGAAUCGGGGAACAGAGGAUGAAGAUUUCUCGCGGGAGCAAGCUUUGAGAGUGGGCAUGCUGGUGAAGCAGCAGAAGCUGGCAGUGCCAUGAGUGCCCUGGACAUGCAGCUCGGCCUGGGGGAACCGCAGUGCACAGACCCCUGCCGCCCGGGUCCUUUCAGGCUCUGGGCCCGUCCAGGCAACUGCCCGGCAGGACCAGGCCAGUCAUGGCCAAAAGAGAUUACCUGGUAGAUGCAGCCAAGCAGAUCCGCAUGGCACUGGACCGGGAAGUGAGUGAGGACUACGAGGCAGCGUUCAACUACUACAAGAAUGGGGUGGAUCUGCUCCUGAAUGGGGUACAAGUAGAUCCAAACAAGGAACGACGAGAAGCAGUGAAGCGGAAGACCACCCAAUAUCUGAAGAGAGCAGAGGAGAUCUUCAACUCUCACCUGCAGGGCACUCUGGGAAGUGGAACUUCUCUAUCAGAGGGUUACAGCAGCCUGAGAUUUCGGCCAAUUAGAAACCUCAGCUCACCAGUGGAGGAUCUCAAGAUGUGUAAAGUCAUUGGGGUCAUUGAUAAGGUUCUCACAGUCCAAAACCUGAUUACCAAGGAGACAUUUGUUGUCAAAAGCUUGCCCAAGUCGAGCUGGGAGAGCCGGGACCAGCCCACCAUCAUUCCCCAGGGAGUGCCCUUCAUGGUGAAGCUCCUGAGGUACUAUGUGAGUGAGGAUACAGUGUACCUGCAUCUGGAGCACGUUCAAGGAGGACGGCUCUUCUCCAAACUACACAAGUCUAGAAAUGACAAGGUGAAAGAGCACCCUGAAUGCUGCAGCCCCAACCACAGGAAGAUCCGUCUGAAGACCAGCUACACCGCUCCCACCAUCAGUCUGGACUACCAGCAGAGCCACCGGGGCAGCAGGGCCGCGGUACCGCCGCCGGAGGACGGAGAGGGGCGGCAGGACCACGCGGAGAGCCCAGACACCGACUCCCCGGCAUCCUGGGACGAGGCUCAGCGUCGCCUGGAGAGCUGCCGGACGCACGCGUACUGUGAGGAGACGGGCUGCCUGUACAGCGCCAGGGCCGGACCCCAGCACCUCGGAUCGGAGCCAGCCGAGGACCUCGGACAGCUGGGCUCAGACAACCCACCCUCCGCGGAUGCACCACUCAGCACUAACACUCUUUCUGAAACUCAGGAAAACCCACAUCAUCAACCUCAAUGCUGCUACACUAGAGACGGCCAUAGGACUCCAAACCAUGCGAGGGCUGCCUCGGCACAGGAAGUCAAGGAAGCCGAGUCCAACUUGGAUUCUGACGUUGAGCGGAAGUGGAACAAUGCUGCUCCACCUCGGGACUGUGGGGGUUUCAACACUGAGUUAUCCACUAAUCCAUGCUCUGGCAUAGUGGGAGUCAACAGAGUACCUCAAAUGACUCAGUCCUUAGCAGCCAACGCAGGUGUGGAGAAGGACUUGAGUCAAGUCAUUAGCUUACAUUCGGGGAAGAGCUGCACUGCUCCCGCAACACUGCACUUACCUUUCAGCAACCAAAUCCGGGAUAUUGGUGUGGAGGCAGAAAACGCCACUGAGGGAAUUGACUGCAGCAUGAAUGAAAACAUGGACAGUACAACAGGCCUGGUUCUCACCAUGCACAAAAUCCGAAAGGGAGGGGGGUUGGCGGGAAGGGAAACCGAUGAGAAGACAAAGGGCAAUUUAGACGCCAUGGUGACAGCCGAAAGGUCACCGUCUGUAACAGCUCUCACGCUCUGCGCUAGUCAUGCAGAGAGUGUGACGGGGACACCUUCAGGGAACUCUCAGUCACUCGCCGUCCCUCUUUGUCGCCCCAUGGAACUCCAGCAGGGGACCCCUGCAGGCAUGUCCCCGGAUGCCACGGGGGCAGGGGUCCUCAAGGCACAUGCUACCAGGAACAGAAGGUCUGAGGAGGAGGUGUGGGAGGUGCUGAGCCCCUCGGGCAAGCAGAAAGGGGUGCCUCGGCAGGAUCCGCACACAGCCGCCACGGUGCCCGCUUCCCUCCAGUGUGAGUCCAUCGAGGUGAACGGCUGGUGCCUCCUGCCUCGGUUUCCAUCCAGGAAGCCCACAGACAGGGCCAGGCUGGGCUGCUGGGGGCUCCCCGAAGGACAGGUGCGACUGUGGGGCGCCCAGAUACUGCUGAGCCUGGAGAGCCUGCACCAGCAGGGCAUUUUGUGUCGGGACCUCAACCCUAAGAACAUCCUGCUAGACAGCAACGGAAAGGCCUGUCUGACAUAUUUUGGUCAGUGGACUGAAGUGCAGAAUGAGAUCAGUACCAAAGCCAUGGAGCAAAUGUACUGUGCCCCAGAAGUGGGAGGUGUGUCAGAACUCACUGAAGCUUGUGAUUGGUGGAGUCUGGGAGCACUGCUGUAUGAACUCCUGACUGGAAUGCCCCUCUGGCAGUGCCAUCCUGCAGGAGUCCUCCCUCACACCCAACUCCUCAUUCCAGAUGACCUCAGCACUGCAUCAGCCUCCCUACUCACUGAGCUUCUGCAGUUUGAUGCUGGCUACCGCUUGGGUUCCGGGGGAGGUGGUGUGAUCGACAUUAAGUGUCACCCCUUCUUUAGUCCUGUCCCUUGGCAUGCGCUCAACAACUAGCCAGGCAACGAAAGGACCUUCCAACAAAUGGCCUGGUUUCAGAAGUGCAGCUGCUCCAAGCCUUGCUGCAUCAGCACCAUUCCCAAGGGGCCAAAGAACCAGGAGAACCAAUCCACUCGGUACAGUACAUCGUGCUGCUUGUGGUUCCCAACAUUGCCCGCCCCCAACGAAGUGACGAGAGACUGAAUGACUGAAAAGACUGACUUGGGACAGAGACAAAAUUAAGGAACAAUUCCUUUUAAGUAGAUCUGUUUUCAGAUCAGGAAUUUCCAAUCAGAAGGCCCCAAUAUUCAGAUUUAACACAAUGUGAAGUGUACAGUUUAGAUUCUGUGUCACACUGGGGGCCAAUGCCUAAAACGAUUAUAAAUUAAGGCAGAAUUACUAUUUGGAAUGGAUUUGCACCUUAGAAUGAGAAAAAUGUGGCCGUAUAAGUCAUGGGGACUAAACCUAUACAUUUGCAUUUAAUUAUUUUACUCUUUAGAGAUAAUUAGACAUUAUAACAUGGACAUUACACUGUAACUCCCAUUUCAAUAUGCAAACCCAGUUCCCCUGACACACAUCAAUAUGGAAUUUUUCUGCCUUAAAUACACUUUGUUUAAAUCACCAUGCCUACACUGUGUGGUCGUUUGACGCCGAUAUCUACGUGAGCUCAAUCAGAGACUGACUAAAUAAGGAAGAACUUAGAGAAGACCACUUCAGCCCAGGUGGAAACAGUGACUUGAGGUUUCUGGGGAAAAACAAGCACGCGAGAAUGAAAACCAUCUGGUUUAUAUUUGACUCUCCUCCUUCCUGGUGCCACAGGUUGUACUUCCUCUGAUUCAGUUUGAAGCAUAUCACUCUUCCACCAUGCGGUCGUCCUCCCUGUCUCACCUCCGUCACCAAAGCCCAUUUGAGUGAUGUAGACUCUGACCUAAAAAGGUCUUCCUAGCACUGUGUGAGAAGUUAAUUUUACCUGAGCGCUCCUGUGAGCUCACCACAAAUGUGUUCUGAGAUGUUUGCAGUAUUUUAUCACGCCAGGUCUAUUUUACCAUAAACGAACACCACUGCAGAUUCAUCUGUGCAAUAAAUCCUCGUAGUGAUUUUUGUAGACAUUUUUCAUGGGAACUACAAUGUUUAUCAAGGCAGUACAUUUUAUGCAGGACCUCAUUUCCUGCAUCUGGGCCUUGAACAUAUAAGGAUUUAGCAUAAGAAA